UUUAGUCUCACUGCUCUGGCACAAAUAGGAGCAGCCAAGUUCUAUAACUAUCCGGUGAACUCGGCUGGUGUCCUACAGUGGACUACGCUGUUAGAUUAACAGUCAUGGUUCUAUGCCAAUGUGUUAUAACAUUGCGAGUAUGGCAUCUGUUCCCUCGGAGUUGCCUCAUCAGAUGGCUGGCAGUCACUGUUUUCGUCGUUUGCUUGGUAGUAGCUGCAAUAUUGGGCGCCAUCGAGUAUAAUGCAAUCAAGAGUGUCACGAACAGCAAUUUAAGCUCGGCACGCCUUACAUUUACAUUCAUCAUCUAUGUGCCAGCCUUGGUUGUCCAUACGACUAUGUUCUUACUUACGCUAUAUCGCUUUCGCGUCGCCCCCAGAGCCUUGCAGCAACACGGGAUGAUCCACCGAUUCGUCAAAGAGGGGAUGUUCUUGUAUUCGUUUGCAGCCGGAUCGCUACUGUACGAAAUCAUCAGUCUUUCUCUAACUAGUUCAGAGGACAUAACCAAUUUCUAUAAUCCAAUUGAUAUGGGAGGAAUAGCAAUGGCAGCUACGGCUGUCUCUAUCUGUCGCGCGAUGCUAAGCAUCCGGUCCUUGGCUGCAACUUACCAUGUUGAUCCGGCAUGGUUGCUCAACCAUGCGGAACUCAGUCGUGUCCAAUGGAGGAGAGGACACACUGAAGGAGAAAUCUACGUUGAAGUCAGCGAGCUCGAGAUGGAUGUGAUUCUUCCGUCCAAAUCUCCGGCAUUACCUGCUGGGAAUAUCGGAAGAGAAGACGAAGUGCAAAACCAUACCUAACUUGUAUAUCUGGCACAUGAUUCCUUUUUUAUCUUAUACUUACAGUAUGUAGAUAUACGGCGUCAAAUCGUUCAGACAAACUGGCAUCUUCAACGACAUUAUAGCAAUCUAAUCAUUUGGUACCGUGGUGUUGUAGACGAGUCUCGGA